AUGGGUGAGGAAGUAGAUUAUGCGUUACUAUAUUUCAUGUUCACAGGACCAAUGACAGGGACUGCUGGUCCACAUGAUUUUCCGGAUACUGAUAGAAGCUCCGAGGAUGAAACUGCAGUUAACAUUGCCAUUUGUGAAGGGAUCAGACAAGAACUGUUGGAGGAACAUAAUAUAAUGGACGGCGAGAUCAUUUCAUUAGAACAAGCUGGUGAAGGUUUAGAUUCAGGGAAUUUGGAGCCAUAUACUGGGAUGACUUUUCAGUCCCUAGAUGAUGCAAGGGAUUUUUAUUUCGUAUAUGCCAAGCGCACUGGAGAAGGUUUUCGAGCUGCAAAGCAUACACAUAGAAAAGACAAGGUUCUUCCUCCAAGGCCGGUAACAAGAGAAGGGUGCAAAGCAAUGAUAAGGUUGGCAGCUAGGGAUGGGGGUAAAUGGGUUGUUACCAAAUUUGUAUGUGAACACAGCCACAAGUUAAUGUCACACUGCAAAUUUCCCGGAGAACUGCCAACUGUUAACAUGCUCACCGAGGAAGAGAAAGAUAAAAAAAUACAGGAUUUAUACAAAGAGCUACAGCAUGAAAAAGAACGGUCUGCUGCAUUUCAACAACUACAGAUGAUUUUCAAAGAUCUUGAAGAACAUGCUGAAUUCAUGUCGGUUAGAGUUGAAGACAUAGUUGACAGCCUGAAAAGGGUUGAACUCGAUGAUUGUAGCUCAAGUAGCCGCGAACACCUGAGACUGCUAAAAUCAGCCCUCGGGCUACAACAUUCUAAGUGUUCUGAGGCUGACAUUGUAGUUCAUUAG